AGGGGAAAGAAUGGGAACUUAUCUCCUUCUCCAUUCUGGACCGAGCCAGAGAACUGUGAUGGAAAAUUACUCUCUGACUCUGCAUGUGCACGCCUGAGAGAGAGAGAGAAAGCAAGAGAGCGAGCGUGAAGACGAAGAAGAAAAGUGGAUGAAAUGGUCAGCAUAAAAGAAAGUCCAGAAAUAAAGUUGUCAGAGAGGCACGGUGAGAGAUGUUAGAGGUGCUUCGGUGAUCACAGUGCUUAGUCAGGGCCUGGAAAUGCAGCGUCUCGCACCUGAGAAUCACAGGCGGCGCUUCAGUUGGAGCGGCUGGAAAAACCUACUGCUGCCGCAGUUGAACAGACGCUCGCUCUUUGUCUACGGCAGUGAGGUGGCUGUGGAGAAGGAGUGCGUUAGACAGAAAGAGGAAGGCGUUUUCGUCAUCCAUCCCUUCAGUCGCUUAAGGAGUUAUUACAUCAUGUGUAUGGUGGCCAUAACAUUUCUCAAUCUAAUUGGCAUUCCAAUGGAGAUUGCUUUUCUAGAUGGAAACAGUGGAGUUGGUUGGGAGGGUUUUAAUGUGUUCUCGGACACUCUGUUCCUGAUUGACGUGGGGCUUAACUUUCGUAUGGGGAUCAUUACUGAGGACAGUGAGGGAGCCAUUCUGGAUUUGAAAAGCAUUCGACAACGGUAUUUAAAAAGCUGGUUUGUACCUGACAUGGUGGCAGCAUUCCCAGUUGGUUACAUACUACUUAUUGCGGACUUACAAUACCACGGUGACUCUCCCUCAUCCAGAGCCAGCAAAAUGAUGCGCAUCUUGAUGUUUGUGAGAAUCCUCAGUCUUGUUCGCCUGCUGCGUGUGUCAAGGCUUGUUAGGUUUUUCAAUGAGGUGGAGAGAGUUUCAAACGCCAAUUUGGAGGUGAUGAGGUUGUUCCUAAGAAUCUUGUCGUUAUUUAUGAUGAUUUUCCUGCUGUGCCACUGGAAUGGCUGUAUUCAGUAUUUUGUGCCUAUGCUUGAGGAGUUUCCCUCAGACUGCUGGGUUAGAAGAGAGAAUCUAAUGAAUGCCACAGUGGGAGAGAAGUACUCUUUUGGAGUCUUUCGGGCCCUCUCUCAUAUGACUGCAAUAUCAUACGGUUCCUCUGAAACACCCACAAGCAAGGAUCUUUUUUUUCUAGAUGAGGUUGAGCUGUGGAUUGUCAUGACCAGCAUUGUGUCUGGAGCCCUCAUGUACACGGUGAUGGUCGCCAACACUGCUGCAAUGAUGACUGAUGUGGACAUAACAGCAAGAGCGUACAAGAACAAGAUGAAUCAUCUGGAAGAUUAUAUGACUUUCAUGAAGCUUCCUAAAGCCCUCCGCAUGCGCAUCAACAACUACUUUCAGGCUCGGUAUGCAGGGAAAUGGUAUGAUGAGAAGGAUGUCCUGAAGUGGGUGUCUUCAUCCCUCAGAGAGGAAAUUCUGAUGACCAUGUGCUCGUCCCAUGUGAGAAAAGUUCCCUUUUUCCGGAACUGUGAUAUAAACUUCAUCAAUGCCAUUCUUCUGGAGCUGCAAUAUGAGGUCUUCCAAGAGGGUGACAUCAUCAUCCGCCAGAACACUCCUGGUGACCGCAUGUUCUUCAUCGAGCAUGGGCAGGUCCUUGUGGAGAAUGAGUUUUUCCAGAAGGAACUGUGUGAUGGAGACUGCUUUGGAGAGUCAUGUCUCCUAACAAGAGGAAGGCAUUUGGCCACAGUACAAGCUUUGACUAUCUGUCAGCUUUUUUCCUUGUCGGUGGACUCCUUUCAUUCUGUUCUGAAGGACUAUCCAGACAUCAGGAGGGACCUGGACACAUUUCAACAGGAUAAAGACUUUUUGUUAUGUUGAGAAAAAAUAAAACACACUACCCAAUAGAGGGUUUGCACUUGCGUCACGACUUGGUCAGUGACCCGGAUGAGUGGCCGUAUUGACGAUACUUGGAUGUAAACAACAGCAUGGAUUGCAUGGCUAAUGUACCAAUAUGUUGUUCUGCUAAUUUAUGCUGUCUAAACCAUGGAAAACAUGUAUGGAAGGUACUAAAUCAUAUAGAGAAGGACUUUGUAAACUGGAAAAGGCACAAUAUUUUGACAAACUAAAGUUUAUAGGUGGUAAAGAUACAUACAAGCAGUAUUAAUGAAUAUAUUAGUCUAAUAUUUCACCUACCUGACUGGAAAUAAGAAGAACAAAUGCAAAUGUUGUCAAGAUUCUUGCCCUGCUAAUCUUGGUUUAGUUUAGCCAACCACAAACGCCUUUUGUUCCUCAGACAGUUUUUUUGCACUCUUCUCCUUGAUUUGUCUGUAGCACUUCAAAUGUUUUUUCUGGUCUGACCGAUUAGUACAGCCCAAAAUAUGACAGUAAUUGACCAUUUUCAGCAGCAAUAAUCAGCAAAAUUUUGUUCUGUUCAGUGGCAUUGUUUACGUUCAGUGCCACCAAUAUGGCUGAUUGAUGACGCAUUGUGAAAACACUCUAUAAGGAUAAUUAAGGACUCAAGAGGUUAAUGCAUUCUGAUUUCUUUUUCGAUUGGUAGAUGGCUACACUCGCAUCAAGCCCCUCCUGCAGCUUCCUCAGCAUGCACUUUGCCAGAUUUGCCAGCUUUGCUUUUCUUGGCUCUUCCCUUAUAUUGGCAUAGUUUUCCAGAAGUGGUUUUGGAAUAUUCUGUUCCAGCAGUUGGAUGUGGGCUUAAGCAUCUCCUUGUCGGAAAAUGGACUUUGUAAAGCAAAUAAAGUGUGACUUGGCAACCACACUGGAAUGGGAUUUCUCUGAGAAUACUGAUUGGAUGAUUUCAAACUGUUUGUAGGCCCGCUUCUUCAGCUUCUCUACUCCCUUCUGGCCUAUGCUGCUAUACUACUUUCCAAAUGCCCACAGGAGGAUGCUGUAUCACAGCUCAGCGUAACUAGUCACAAUGUCACUCUUGAUGUUUUUAGUAUCUCUGCCGCUUGAUCCUCUAGUAGGUUUCUGCUUGUUUACACCUCCAGGAUCUUCCUCUUUACGUCUUCCUCUGAAGUAUCCAGAACAGCACCCACCGGUGGCCUUCAUUUUCCUGUAGAGGGCAUUCAUUUUAUCUGACUAGGUCCUCGGUGUACAGUAGUCUAUCAGAGAAGCCUUGAUUAAAAACUGAAAUUCAAUAUUUUGGCUAAUUUGGUAGUGCUUUCUACUAUCAAUAUAGUGGCUGAGCUCAUUUUUACAUUAAAUAUGUCCCACAAAAGUCAGCAGAUUGUCCCUAAAAAUCAGCACAGAGGAUGUACAUAUCAUAUUCUGUCAGGGCCUAGAAAUAAACAGCACAUUUACAUUUAAAAAUGAUAUUUUGGGACAAAAGGUACAAUCUGCAGUUUCAUAAAAUGAU